CUUCCUCAAGUAAAACUCGCGGUCGUGAAAGCUCUCAUGCGCAUUGAGACUUUCGCAGGUCUCGGGGUGGUGAAAGGAGAGUUUAAUUGGAAAGAGGGAAAAGGGAUCACUUUGUUGUUGGAUUUUUAAAGCUCCGGUGGAUGUUAUCUUAUUGAUUUUGGCACCAAAUUUUACAGGAGUGCAGUUUAUUGUUCAGCUCGUCAUUGAACAAGAAACUCUGAGGCUGGCUGUUUUGAUGUGGCACAGUGCUGAUCCCAGGGGAAGAUGACGGAAGAGGUAAUAGUAAUUGCCAAGUUUGACUAUGUGGCCCAGCAAGAGCAAGAGCUGGACAUAAAGAAGAACGAGCGAUUAUGGCUGUUGGAUGACUCCAAGUCAUGGUGGCGUGUUCGCAACUCCACCAACAAAACUGGCUUUGUGCCUUCUAACUAUGUGGAAAGGAAAAACAGUGCCAGGAAAGCUUCUAUUGUGAAAAAUCUAAAGGAUACAUUGGGAAUUGGAAAGGUGAAACGGAAACCAAGCAUUCGAGACACGGCAUCCAAUGCAGACAAUGAUGGUUAUGCUGACAAUGGUGAACGUCUGUAUGACUUGAAUGCUCCUGCUUAUGUGAAAUUUAACUACACAGCAGAGAGGGAUGAUGAGCUUUCGUUGGUUAAAGGGACCAAAGUUACUGUCAUGGAAAAAUGCAGCGAUGGAUGGUGGAGGGGUAGUUAUAAUGGACAAACUGGUUGGUUUCCUUCAAAUUAUGUUAUGGAGGAACCAGAGGGGACUACCGUAGAACCUGUCAGCUCAUUAACAGAGAGACUAGCAGUUGUGAUGAAUGCACACAAUGCUAAAGUACUGCAUGUUGUGCAGGCUUUGUACCCAUUCAGUUCUUCAAAUGAGGAGGAGCUUAAUUUUGAGAAGGGCGAGGUGAUGGAUGUUAUUGAGAAACCAGAAAAUGACCCAGAAUGGUGGAAAUGCCGGAAAGCUGAUGGGCAAGUAGGGCUGGUACCCAAGAACUAUGUGAAUACCAUACCGACAUCACCACCAACCAAUAGUAUUGGUCCAACGCCACCUCGAUGUGAUUAUAUAGGAGUAGCAACCACUGGCAAGUUUGCUGGUAGUCCAUGGUAUUAUGGAAAGAUUACAAGGCACCAAGGAGAAAUGGCUCUGAAUGAAAGAGGGGUUGAUGGAGAUUUCAUAAUUCGAGACAGCGAGUCAUCGCCAAAUGAUUUUUCUGUGUCCUUGAAGGCUCAAAAUAAAAAUAAGCACUUCAAGGUACAAUUGAAGCAAGGCCUGUACUGCAUUGGACAACGAAAAUUUGACAGCAUGGAAGAUUUAGUGGAACAUUACAAAAAGGCGCCAAUUUUCACAAGUGAACAUGGCGAGAAAUUGUUUUUGGUGAAACCUUUAUCUUAAUGGAGGGGAGAAAGAUCCACUGAACUGGAUUGUUCCUAACAAUUAAAAAUAAACAGCGGAGAAAAGGAAAAAUGAUCAUGAUUUGCGACUUAAUGGCGAUAGUGACAUAAAAGAACAGAUCAACUUUUAACUUUUCAGUUUGAACUAUUGUCCUAGUUGGAUUGUACUGCUGUUUAAUUUUCAAUAGCUUUUCUUGUUUGUAAAAAGAAUUUUUGUGCCUUGCUUUGGUAGAGCUCCUCAUUGUGAAUAUACUAUCAACAGUUGCUUCUAAUUUUCCAAUCAUCUUAACCCUUUUUUUAUAUUCCACCUUCUAAAUGCCAGGAAUGUGUUUCAUUCUCAUUGCAGAUCUUUGAUUAUUUCUGUGUUUUAAGAACCUUGUUGAGUAGAUUGUAAUUUGAGAGAUGUGAUGUUUUGUGCAUGAUGAAAUUGGAAUACUCAAUUGCCCCUUUCUCAAUUAUUUACAGAAAAUAUCAAUCGGCUUUGGUUUAAUUUGGUUGGAAUUCUUUUGGGUGCAAGUUGCAUCAGAAUAAAGCUAAAAUGUGGACGUACCAGAUUCUGCCUUACAAUAUUUCAAGCCAAAGGCUGUGUUUAACUGUUGUAAUAAAGUUGCAGUUGGAUUGCACUUUGGUAGAUCAUGCAAUGUCCUGCAACUUCAACAAUACCUUUUAAAACUUUAAUAAUCAUUUUUAGUUCUCUUUAACUCCCAGAUUAUUUGUAAACAGAACUGCUUUGAAUUGUUCAACUAGAGUUGAUAACUUUAAAAUAAAGUCCGUUGCAUUUGUACUUGUUCAUAUUAAGGAUACACUAUAUAUUAUGCUCUUAAUUUUGUCAUGCAGUUGUAAAGAAUAAUGCCAUUUAACAGAUAUUGUGCUGUCACUGAUUGUAUCAAUUUUUGUUUGACACGAGUCAGUGGAUUUGCAUAAACGUAGACCCCAGCACCUAUAAUUGUAUAUACUGUAGGCCACUAUAUGUAGUGCAUCCUGGUCAAUGAAAGUGAGCUGUUGUAUUGUGGGGAGGGAGAGUUACAGUCAAUUACUCAGACAUGAAUAUGAUAACACAUAACUUGUGUACUACACACAUCACUUUAUAGCAUCGCUGGAAAAGAAUUGAGUGUCAGGAAUUUGAAUGAUAUUAUUUAUCUUUAAUUUAUAUUUCAAACUCACCCCAUGGUUAUCACCCCAUUGAAAGCAGUAGUAUGUAUUUGUACUGUUUUGCAAUGUUAUUAAUACCAGAAAUUGUACCCAAGGGUCCAGGAGAAAAAUGUUGUACUUUGUCUUGUGUAAGUUAAAGACCAGUGAUUAGAAUCUUGUUGGAACUACAGGUGAAUAGAAAUGAUACUGCAGCAAGUGCUGACACUAAUUUUGAAUGCAGUGGGUCACGGAAAAGAGAAGUGAUAUUGCAGUAGGUAAUUCAAGGAAACCCAUGAAGAGAAUUGUUGGAUCAUAUUUUUAUAUAUUGAAUUUUAGGCAAUUCAAGGGUUUCUGAGCCCUGGUCUUUUGAUGUUCAUUAUCGUUGUAAUCCUUUAGAAAAAAAUUGAAUACAAAAACCAUUCACAUAUUGUUCCUAAUCCAAUUUUUUUGUAUUGAAAUUGCUUUAUCAUAUGCAUAUAUCCCCCUUUUAAAUGUUGAAAAUAACUUAUGAAAGCAUAAGAUACUGUGAAGUCAAAUUUUUUUGCUGUACGGUGCAGCAAAUAUCCUACAUGCUUUUAGCAGCUUAUUUCAAAGUAUGAUUCUUCACUUAUAAAAUCCAAUAAAGUUUGUAAAUCAUCUCCUAAUAUUAUUGUUUCGGAUACUUUCCUGAAUUUAGCAGCUUGAACUUUGUAAUACCAUGCCAUUACAUAACUGAAAACAUCAGGUGAAUUGAGCACAUGGAGUUUUUUAUGAAAAUGUGACUGGAUGACAACAUCUAUGGUUAUUAGGCUCUUGAGGGAGCAAUAAAAGAAAAUGUUAAGCAGUAGCUCUUGGUAAAGGAAUGGUUGGAUAGUAGCUCUUGAUGGGAAGGAAUUGUAUUUUAGAAUAAAUGUGAUUCUCUAGGUUAAAUUAAGAAUCAAAGACCGUAACAUUGUUGAAAAAUAUGCUGCAAAAUUGUAAGCUAACUAAGUGAAAGAGAGAUGCUCUUCCCAGGAGGUGCAUGUAGCUUGGGAUACAGUCAGUAUUAAAGGUGUAGGGUGUGCAAUUCCCAAAUUGGAAUGAUGGAGGAUUUUUUAAAACCAGUAUAUAACAAGAGGUGGAAAAUUUUCUUCACUUAGUUUUGGAACAGAAAGUUGGAUAAGUGGGAGGGAGGGCUAAGGGGAACAUAAUUGUUUAGUGAUCUUAUUUCCUGACAUUUAAUGUAAAAAGGGCAAAGAAAAAGGUCCCAAAAUUGAGGUCUGCUUUGCUUUAUUUAGAAAUGCCUCAGUACAGAUGGACUGCAAAUAGUUUUGUGAAGUUAAGUUGGUGUCAGGUAAAUUGGAGACAUUAAGAGAACAUUUCAUGUUAAUGUUUCCACAAAGUAACAGUGGAAAUAACUGUUAUGAAAGCAUAAGAUACUAUGAAGCCAAAUUUUUUUUUUGCACAGUUUUUUGCCCUGCACAAAGUAACAGAUCUAAGCUGCAUAGGAUAAGAGAUAAAAGAGAAAGCACAUUUAGAUAUCAAGAACUCUAUAUCAGAAAGUCUACAAGAGUAUACAAGGUGUAAGAAUGAAACUAAAAAUGAAGUUAGUAGUUUGAAGAACAUUGGGGAAAUGACUGAUAGCAUCCCCAUUUGCUUUUUUGAAGGAACUGCCACAGAUUUAAUGUGGCACAGUUGCAAGAAAACAUUUGUGAAUACUUUGUAAUUACCUGUAUUGUAUUUCUGCAUUAAUUACUCAUAAAAUGUGGACUGAUCUUCAUCUCAGUCACAAUAAUUGACAAACAUAAUCUGCCUAAACUUACAACACACAGACAAUCGUAUUACUUCUCAUCAAUACUGAAUACACUAUUUAAAUAAAUGUAGUCUAUGUUCAAAAUUAUGGAAACCUCUGGGGUAAUGCCUUCUACAAAAACUUUUUGGAGUCGGGUGUUCCAAUCAAUGGGAUGAGAUUGGAGGUGUGAGUUGCAGGGGGGCCCUGCCCUAGAAAAUAGAUGCAACAUCUGGUUAUGGACUGAGCCUGCUUUUCUAAAGAAAAAUCUAUUUAUGUGAACCAUGGCUCAAUCAAAACAACUUUCAUUGGACCUUAGAAGAAGAAGUGUAGAGGUGCAUGGAGCUGGAAAAGGUGUCAUUUCUAAAGACAUGAGUGUUCAUCAGUUCACAGUAAGAGAAUUUGUCUACAAAGGAAGGAAAUUCAGUGCUGUUGCUACUCUCCCCAAGAGUGGGCAUCCUGCAAGGAUCAUGCCAAGAGCACAAUGUGCCAUCCUGAAGGAGGUGAGAAAGAACCCAAGAGUAACAGCAAAAGAUCUGCAGAAAUCUCUAGAACUUGCUUAAAAUCAUGUGCCCCUAUUAGAAGAAUAGAAAACAAGAAUGGUGUUCAGGGAAGGACACCAGAGGGAAAACCACUGCGCUCCAAAAACAAAAUUGCAGCAUGUCUCAAGUUUGCAAAAGACUACCUGGAUGUUUCACAAUGUUUUUGGGACAAUGUUGUGUGGACAGAUAGACAGAAGUUGAACUUUUUGGUAGAAGUGCACACUGGUAUCUUCGGAAGAAAAAGUGCACUGCAUAACAACACCAAAACUUCAUCUCAACUGUGAAGCAUGGUGGAAGGAGCAUCAUAGCUUGGGGUUGAUUUGGAUGAUGUAAUAAGACAAUGAUCUAAACCACAAGAGUAAAUCAACAGAAUAGUUUUUAAAAUGAAGAAAAUUUAUGUUUUGGAAUGGCCAAGUCAGAAGCCAGAUUUUAACCCAAUUGAUUCCUGAAGAGGGCUGUUCAUGCAAAGUAUCCCAGAAAUAUUGAUGAACUGAAAUAGUUUUGUAUGGCAGAAUGGUCUAAAAUUCCACCUUCCUGCUAAAGGAGCUUCUACCAGUUAUUAAAUACAAGGAUUCAUAUACUUUUUCCAGCUUGGACUGUGAAUGAUUAAGCAAUGUGUUUAAUAAAGACAUGAAAAGUACAAAUUACUUAACUGUUACAGUGACUUAGAUGAUCAGACCACAUUUCAAUGCAUAAAACCAGGUAAUUUUUAAAGGGUCCACAAAAUUUUUCUUGUCACUGUAAAUGGUUUUGUGCCCAGUUUGUUUGGUAUCUCUGCUCAUUAAAGAAAGAAACAUAUUUUGAAAUAUCUGAACUCAAAAUUCCAACGUUGAUAACAGAUUAAAUCUAUAUAUGCCCAUCCAGGCUCUGCACGUAGAUUGGAACAUGUGUGCUUAUAAUGUUUACAGCAUUCCCUAAGCAGAAGUUAUAUUUGCACCAAGCCAUUCUUAUUGUUCUCUAUACUACAUGGUUUAUCUCCGAUGGCAGGAAACAGCUUGGGAACAGACACAUUCAACAAACACUUCACCCAAUAUUAAUUUGGUUAAGUUUCAGAGAAAUUAAAUAACCAUCUAUGCUUAAAUAACAGAAUCAAUCUCAAUCCAUCUGUUUACAACAUUAAUUGAUAAAAGGCAGUGGCUCCCUCAUUGAAAAAGGGAUAACCACCAAGUAUCCUCAUGUCAGAAUUGUGCAUGCAGAUCGGAAUUGUUAAGUCUGUUAUUGAAUUGACUUCUGUAAAUUCUGAAAGAGGUAGCUAAAGAGAUUAUGGAGGCAUUAGUCGUUAUCCUUCAAGAAUCACUAGCUUCUGGAAUGUUUCCAGGGGACUGGAAAUUUGCAAAUUUUACUUUAAGAAGGGAGGAGGCAGAAGACAGACAUAAUUCUGCUGCCAAGUCUUUUUGUCUAAUAUGCAUAAUAUGUUUAUAGAUCAUUAUAAUUUGGAACUAUUGAUAAGUCGUGAAGAAAAAAAAUUAGAAGUUGAUGAUUUUUCUCGGCAAGAAUGUUAAUCAAAAAUUGACUUUUUUUCUGUAUUUUCAGUUCUUACUUCAAAGUUCAAAGUAAUUUAUUAUUAAAAUACUUAUGUCACCA